GACCAGACACACACAUACAUAUACACAUAACAAACUCUCAAACUCGAUUGUUGCUGCUCUCGUUCUCGCAACACUCUCGCUGCUUUUUAGUGCCAACUAUCUCUGUCAUUUGUGUCACUGCCUUUGCUCAGUUUCUGUCUCUGUCUCUGUCUGGCCGCCACAUUCGUUUUGUUUGUGUUGUAUUAAAAAAGGGCCGCUGAGAAGUAAGCAGCAAGCGGACAGACGCACGCGAUAGCAGUAACAAAACAACAGAAAAUAAUCGUUUGCAUGCGAAUUUAGACAACAGAAAGUCAAAUAAUAAACUAUUUUCGUGCUAAUUCUAAUCGAAGUGCAGCAGCAAUACAAUUUGGAGUAAGAAAAAUAAAGAAAACAAGCCAAAAACAAGCUGAUUGUACAAACACAUAACAACAACAAAGAAAGCAAGCGAUAAAUAAAAAAGAAAAUUCGUUCAACACGCAAAUUGAAAGUGCAAUAAGAAGAAAGAAGAAAAAGAAAAACGUCAAAUGCAGUUGAAAGUUCAAGUUGAAGCAAGUGUUUAAAAGGAAAAAUAAAUCAAACAUUCAGAUAAAUAAAUCUCUGAGAAAUAUUCACAACUCUUCUUCUUCGCCUAAGAAGAGCUUGAAAAUCGUGCGCGUUUAAAUCAACAUUUUAGCAAUCAUUUUUGUCAACCCUCUCAUCAAAAUUUUUGUGGAGUCUUUCGUGUCCGGUGCAUUCUGUGUUCCGUUCUUCGUUAUCAAGUGAGUGCCACACAACAAAAACAAAAGGAAAAACCACACUCUCGACCACACACAGUCACACCCAACACACACACAGACACCCACACAACCAAAAACACAACAACAACUGCGCCUAGAGCAAGGAUCAUUCCGUGUCCAAUAACUAAAGUAUCCAGUUUAUCCAACAAAAAAGGCUACGGCCCAAAGUAAACGUCAAGAUUCUAUCGAAAAAAACUCUAUUCAGCACGACGGAGGCUUCGCUCAACUUCAACACGGCGACCACAAUGCCCUAUAACGGUGCUAGCAACGGUAGUGGUGGUGUCGGUGGUGCAGUCGCAGGCAGCAGUGUUACUGGUGGCGGGGCCACCAUCGUCGUCAGCGAGGGACCCCAGAAUAAAAAGAUACGUACCGGUGUUCAGCCCGGAGAUAACGACGUCACCAUGCAUGCUCGGUCCACACAAAAUCAGAGUCAGCAGCAAGCACUACUGAACAAGUCAAACGACGACCUAAGGAGAAAGCGUCCUGAGACUACACGGCCAAAUCACAUUCUACUCUUCACCAUCAUAAAUCCUUUCUAUCCUAUCACAGUUGAUGUCUUGCAUAAAAUUUGCAAUCCACAUGGACAAGUGCUGCGCAUUGUCAUCUUCAAAAAGAACGGCGUACAGGCUAUGGUUGAAUUUGAUAGCCUCGAUGCGGCUACGCGUGCACGCGAGAAUCUCAAUGGUGCCGACAUCUAUGCCGGAUGCUGCACUCUAAAAAUUGAUUUUGCUAAGCCGGAGAAAUUGAAUGUUUAUAAGAAUGAGACAGACACCAGCUGGGAUUAUACCCUGAGCACAGGUGAGAUUCAACCAAUUAAGGAGAUUGGAAAUGGUCGCUCACCAUUACUGCAGGAGCCUCUUUACGGUACACGACCUCAGCCCUACAGUAAGUCGCUGUUUUCUAUUCCCGAAAAUGUUGUUGUGCUUGAGAGCCAGCCACCACUAUUGGGACCAGGCACCGCCUUCCCACCAUUCGGUGCAGCCGAAUACCAUCCCACCCAGCCGGAUAACUGGAAGGGCGCCGCCAUCCAUCCAACUGGCCUCAUGAAGGAGCCAACCGGCGUUGUUGCCGGACGCAAUGCGCCAGUCGCCUUCGCUCAACAGGGACAGGCUCAGGGCGCUGUCAUGAUGGUCUAUGGCAUGGACCAUGACACUUCCAACACAGAUAAGCUCUUCAAUUUGGUCUGCCUGUAUGGCAAUGUUGCCCGGAUCAAGUUCUUGAAGACAAAGGAGGGCACCGCCAUGGUACAAAUGGGCGAUUCGGUUGCCGUUGAACGUUGCGUGCAGCACUUGAAUAACAUUCCCGUUGGCACUGGCGGCAAAAUACAGAUUGCAUUCUCAAAGCAGAACUUCCUAUCGGAGGUGAUUAAUCCAUUCUUGCUGCCGGAUCAUACACCCAGCUUCAAGGAGUACACUGGCUCCAAAAACAAUCGAUUCCUAUCACCGGCACAGGCCAGCAAGAAUCGCAUUCAACCACCGAGCAAAAUCUUGCACUUCUUUAACACACCGCCCGGUCUGACCGAGGAUCAGCUUAUUGGAAUAUUUAACAUUAAGGAGGUGCCAGCCACAUCUGUGCGUCUCUUCCCCUUGAAGACAGAGCGCUCGUCUUCGGGUCUGAUCGAGUUCCCCAACAUUUCGCAGGCCGUGCUCGCCAUCAUGAAGUGCAACCAUCUGCCUAUUGAGGGCACCAAAUUCCCAUUCAUCAUGAAGCUGUGCUUCUCCUCGUCGAAGAGCAUGAACGGCGCCUGGAACAAUGCGGCCAAUGAGGGCAUGAUCGAGAAGGAGAAUGACGGCGAUGUCAAAGUGGAGAUUUACAAUUGAGAUUUGAUUACCAUUGUGUAAGCAGCCAACAACCAGCUGAACAACACAACAAACAACUACACAACAACAAACAGCAGACAACAAACAACAAAUAUACAAAUCAUACAGAACUGGAGGAGUUGAAUUUAUGUGGAGCAUAUUGGAUCGCGAUGAGAAGAGAGGCAGACGUACACAACGGCAACAUCAAAAACAACAACAACAACAAAGCAUAUUAAAUAUUUCAAACACAAAUUAAAUUCAAAUAUUGAUGGAACGAACAUACUGAGUGUAGUCAAGAAUAACAAGAAAACUGAUUACAUAUAUAAAUAAUAAAACUAAAUUACUGACACACACACACACGCACACCUAAUCCCGACACACUAACAAAUUAAUAACUUAAACUUUAACUAAAGAAAGUUUAUGGAUAAAAACACAACACGCAAACGCAUGUAACUUUUAAACGCGCCAUUUACUUGUAUUAAAAAAAAUCGAAUCACAAUUAAACAUAAUCCCUACACAUUCAUGUACAAAAUGGCGGCGUUCAAAAGCUACACACACGCUCACACACAGCCACAUACACACACAAAACACACACACACCGAAUUAACAUCGCACACAAUUAAACACUUUUACAUGCGUUUGCGUCACAAGAAAAAACAUACAAAAAAUGUUAUUGAAAUUGUGUGGAAGAAUAGCAAAAAAAUUAGGUUAAAAAAUU